AUGCCGGCGCUCUGGCAGUCUUCCCAGAGGCCUAUGUACGUGAAGACGGUGUGGAUCGACGGCUUCCGACACGCCGUACUCUCGCAAGAUGACCCCUACAUGCUGAAAGCGAAGAAACGACGCCCACACUCUUCAGCGAGCACCUUUUUGAGAACACCGAGAUUCAAUAACGAAAGUUCGAGAAAUAUCAACUUUGUGAUCAGAAGCGACAAAUCUAAGAUACAGGUCCGACCUGAUAGAACUCGUGGGUACAACAUCGAGAGACUCAAUCUGACUGAUGUAGAACCGGAGUCUGACGAUGAAUUGUUAGUGAAAGCGACUCCCCAACCGUUGAACGAAUUCGACAGCUACCGUUCUGACAACAUGAAGAAUUUAAGGCUGAACAGAACGGCUAGAACUGAAGCGAAGCCUAGUACCGAACUAUCCGACAGAGUGUUCCAGUGGUUAGAUCUGGCGGGAAAAAUUGAUUUGUUGGCGCCGGAAAGCGGCGAGCGAAUGAGCCAACCAAGACACAGCUGGCCGGAAAUACAAAGGAGGAAUAACAUAUUCAAAUCGAGAACAACGAUUGAUGUUAGGAAGGAGACGGUCAAAAUAGCGUCAGCAAAUACGCGUGAGGGGGAGAAACCGCAGAAUGUGAGUAUCGAUCGCCACGAAAUUUACAUGCCGACGUCCGCCAAUACGAUCGAGAGCUACGCGCGACAGUCACGAAUGAAAAGCACGCCACGGGUCGAAAAUGCCAAAACAAAAGAUCUGAACAAAACAAAGGCUAAAGAAUUGAAAAACAACGUAAUGCAAGCGCGGCAGAAAAUGGCGACGGAACGGCACGCCGUGGAGAAACAAUAUGCCGAUUUGUUAAGUAAGAAAUUGAUACCGGACGUGAGUAAGAAUCCGAAGAGACAGGUGCAUAUAUUCAUGCCCGAUGUGCCGAAGAAAACCUUAGUUGUGACGAGUAGAGCAGAAAGUUUGCUUUCUCAGAAAACUUUGACUAAAUAAAAUGUUUGGAACAACUUUUCCAAUACUUUAUAAAACUCUUUUUCGUGCUUAUCAAGAAAGUUAUCAUGAAUCCAAUUAGACCACAAAGCACAAAUGGG